AUAAAUGUUAAAACAAGAAAAGCAAAUUUUACCUCCAUUGAUGAGGCAUGAGCAUGUUGCUUCUUGAAAUGGGUGAGACAACAAAAGGAGAUGCUACAAAACCAUCACCGAAUCAAAUCUCCUCACCUAAAGAUUCUUCACUCGAUCACCAAGCACCAAACCCAUCACUCCUCCAUCAUCACCACCACCACCACCAAUCUUUCCUCCCUUCUCCGAUCUUCAUACCCACCGUUUCUUCUCCCGGAGCUCCGGUAAUCCCCAAACGACCACGUUUCAACACUUCCGGUGGUCUCUCUCCACCUCAAUGGAAAGCCUUGCCGUCUCCUUCCACCGUCCCAACGGCCUCCACAAUCUCUUCAUCACCGACACCUUCCACCGCCGUGGUAACAGCUUCUUCCACCGAAACCGCCGGAUCUUCACCUCCGGGUCAAGAAGCGACCAACAGUGAAAAACAACAACAACAACCUAAAGCGGAGUCGUUUCAACAUAAAUUCAGAAAAGGCAAGUACGUUAGCCCCGUGUGGAAACCAAACGAGAUGCUAUGGCUAGCAAGAGCCUGGAGAGCCCAGUACCAAAACCAAGGAACCGGGUCCGGAUCCGGAUCCGGGUCGGGCGAAGGAAGAGGCAAAACCCGUGCUGAAAAAGACAAGGAAGUAGCCGAGUAUCUAAACCGACACGGUAUAAACCGGGACUCCAAAAUCGCCGGUACGAAAUGGGACAACAUGCUUGGUGAGUUUAGGAAAGUGUAUGAAUGGGAAAAAUGCGGAGAUCAGGACAAAUACGGUAAGAGUUACUUCAGGCUGUCUCCUUACGAGAGGAAGCAACAUCGACUUCCCGCGUCUUUUGACGAAGAAGUCUAUCAAGAAUUGGCUCUCUUCAUGGGUCCACGUGUAAGAGCUCCGACUAUUAACCGCGGCGGCGGUGGCGGAGCUACCGUUACUGUUGCCUCAACGCCUCCAUCUGUUGAGGCGCUUCCUCCUCCUCUUUAUCCAGCAUUGAUGACGUCGAGAGACGAAUAUGAUAUUGAGAAUAACCCAAUCUCUUCCAUUGGAAGAGGGAAGCGUUUGGCAUUAUCACUACUUGGAGAUGAUCAUUCUCAAUAUCCGUAUUCACACAACAUUGCUAGAGGAUCAGGUUUAUUCUCUAAUAAAUCAUUAUACAAUCCUUUUUUUGAGAUGAUUCCUUCUUCCUCUUCUUCGUCUUCCUCUCUGAAAGAUCUUCGCCGUAUUGGAAAAAUACGGCUAACUUGGGAGGAAUCGGUUAACUUGUGGGCUGAAGAAGGAGAUGUUGAUUAUGGGAGAAUUAGGGUUAGUGGUUCGAGUUUUUUGAAUGCGGAUGAGCUCACAUAUUUGGAUGAUUCCAUGGUGGCUUGUAAAAUGGAAUCCUUCGAAGAUGGACCUCUCAAGGGAUUUUCUUUGGAUAAAUUCAUUUCUGGUCAACAUCUUAAAGUCUUUGGAAGACAAAGGUCAACUUCAUCAUCUGCUCCUUCACCUUCAGCAAUAUCAACAUUGGAGUUCCAAGACCCAUCGGAGCAUUUCUUGAGUAAAUUGCGUGUGCCAGCAGGAAAUAUUCCGAGUUUAUUUGAGCUCGCACGGUAUCUUCAAGAACCACCCCCGGAAAAUCUCCGGUUUCCUCUCCGGCCAGACGUCUACAAAGACUUGCCGCCCGGAAAAGAGCUCUUCUUCUCCAUCUCCUCCACCGAGCUACUAGAUUGUAGAGCACUCACAUAUGAUGUCAUCGGCCCCAUAAUGUCCCGCUUAAACCCUAAUACCGGUUUCGUCAUCUCGAGCAAAGACUCCCUGAUCCCGCUUUGGGACGACUGCGUUAACCGGAUGGUUUCAAAGUUUUGUGAAAUGGUGAUUUUGCGUAAACCAGAUUCCUCGUCUUGCAUUGAAAACGUACAAGAUCAGUGGCCAAACGUGCUGGGAUUCGUUAAAGGAUUUGGCUUAUGGAGAGGAGAAGAAACUGAUAAGGUACGGGAAGGGGCAGCUGAUCCUUCUUGUUUAUUGGUCGAGAAGAUUCUUUGGUCGUACAACGAUCUUCCAUACAUUCUUGGAUAUCACGCAAUAGGGUUCACCGUAACAUUCUGCGCUUUGAGUCUAUCAUCACAAGAUCGAGUGAUCUGCACCGAUCUUUAUUCAUUCAACGUCUCAUCACCGUCCGAUCGAAUCAAGGCCUUGGUUCCUUGUUACCGUCUAGCUUCCCUUUUACCUUUGCUUGCAGAUCGUUGUACUACGAGGCCUUUAUGCUACAACGACUUCGAGAGAAUCGAUCAUGGAGAUUAUGUGAUUGAAGUAACGCCUAACACGGUGACUAAGUAUUACUCAAGCAAGCGAAAAUGGAUGGGUGUUAAAGGAAUCUACGAUUUUCUCGACCAAAGAGUUCCACACGCGGAGCAUUUGGAUAGGGCAAGCGAGAAAGAUCUCUCGUUGAGUUUUAAGCCACGUGGAGUCAGAGUCAAACCACAAAACAUUGACCAGCUCAUCGACUCGCUGAUGUGUGUGACUAAAGCGCUCGUUGCACUUCACGACCUUUCUUUCAUGCAUCGUGACAUGGGAUGGCAUAAUGUAAUGAGAAGCAUGGCGACGAUAAUAACAACAACUGACACGGAUUGGUUUGUUUGCGGGUUUGAUGCUGCGGUCGAGGCCCCACAGCUUAACCCGCACCGCCCUGUGGCCAAAGCAGUUAUGGAGGAGGAAGAGGAGCGUGGGAGACACGCGCCGGAGAUGGAGAGAGGAUUGCAUGCAGUGAAAGUGGAUGUGUGGGGAGUGGGUUAUAUGAUAAAGACAUGUGGAUUAAGUAAUGUACCAAAGAUAUUGAGAGACCUUCAGGGGAAGUGUUUGGAACCGAACCAAGAGAACCGACCGACGGCAGCUGAUUGCUUCCACCACCUUCUCCAGGUUCAAUCUGCCAGUACAUCGUCGUAUUAGUCUACUUGUUUUUUCUUUAAUUAAAAAAAUUUGUAGUUGUUUUAAAACCACAUUUUUAGUUUCACAUGUGAAGAAGGUUCGAAACCGAGAUCUAGAAGUGACAUAGAGUGUUUGACCUUCAGGUUAGUAGUAGCUUAUAUUAUUAUAUAUACAGCUUUCUUUUGGUUUUGGCGUAUUUUGUAUGAAGAAAAAAGGGAGAAAUGAAUUAACCUCGAAGUA